AUGUCAGUAUAUGAUAGAAUUAAAGAACGAGCCAAAGAAUACAAUUUCACGCAAGAAGAAAUUGAAAUUCUAAAUCGUGCAAAAUCGAAAUUUUCUAUGCAUAUGAGAAUAGGUUCUUUGACUGGUUUAGUCGUCGGUGGUGCUAUUGGCACUACUUUGUUUGGUAGCCAAGCAGGAAUGGUGACGGGGUCGAUAGCUAGUAUUAAUUUGAUAAAAUCAUCUCCAAAUUCACAACGUAUUAUGGAAUUUAUUAGUGAAAUGCAACAGCAUCUUCCACCGCGUCAUACACCACCUCUUCCGGAUCAAUCUACAAAUUCUGAUGAUUAUAGAUUUGAAAAUGGAAAUCAAUCCACUCUAGCCGAUGAAUUUGAGAAGAAAAAAUCUCAAUCUUCGUUUCACCAGGGACCUUACGAUCAUUCUGGAAAUUCUACGAUAAUGACAGAUGAGAUGGUUAGAGACAUUAAUACAAAUGAGAGUGAUUAUAAUUAUGGUCAACCACAAAAGCCAUUUCACAAAUCUUCACAAGAUAAUUCCUGGAAUAGAAUUCGAACUCAAAACACAACUUCAACUACUUGGGACAAAAUCCGUGCAAAUGCUAAACUUGAGCAACAAAAACAAAUUAAUGAUAAUAGUUCACGACAACAAAAGUUCGAUAGUAAGGAUGAUGUUGGUGGUGAUAAAUAUUCUAUGGGUCAACCAAGAACCAGAGAAGAAUUUGAUGAAUAUCGUCGUGGUGAUAAAUAUUCUAUGGGUUUACCAAGAACCAGAGAAGAAUUUGAUGAAUAUCGUCGUGGAAGGUCCGCUGGUUUCGCAGAAGGAGCUGGUUUGGUACAUUCUUUAAAAGUCAAAAACUUAUGGGUUACGGCUUCGGUGGGUGGAAGGAGAGGGUGGAAAAGUAUGGAACAACCCACUUUCGAUAAGGAAAUUCGAAAGAAACGGGUUGGGGGAAACCUUCCCAACCGACGAGAUACACCUCUACGCGGUGGUUGGGACAA